ACGUGUGUCGUUACGUGCUGCAGGGCAAAGGUGAAAUCAGUGAUGAAGAUUCCGCCACCGUAGCAACCUAACGCCUUAUCGCACUUGUUUAUUUUUUACGGAAAUUGUCACACGAAGGCGAUUUUCACAACAGCGGACACUGGUAGAAAUCAUGGCACGCCUGGUCGCUGUUUGCCGAGAGGGAGAGGAGGAUUACCCGUUUUUAGAAAGACAAAUUCCUCUCUAUAUCGAUGACACACUCACGAUGGUGAUGGAGUUUUCUGAUAGUGCAAUAGACGUUGACAGCAAUCAAAUGAACUCUUCUCAUUGGAAGCAGUUUUCUGAGCAUCAUUCCAAGUUUAAGCAGCAUGACUUGAACGUUGCCUUGAUGGUGACAACCAGAGAGGUGUACAGCGCGUUAUCCCAGCUUGUGCCAUGUGUGGGCUGCAGAAGAAGUGUGGAGCGCCUCUUCUCACAUUUAGUGUUAUCAGGGAACCCAGCCCUGGAGCCCCUCACAGUGAAACCGACUGGGAUGCUUAGUGUCACCAAGAGCUGUUUGGCUGAUGUGAAAAAACUUUAUGCCCUCCUCUAUGUCCAUGGGUCAAAGUUGAAUGACAUGAUAGACGCUAUACCGAAAAGUAAAAAGAACAAGCGCUGCCAGUUGCACUCACUGGACACACACAAGCCUAAACCUUUGGGUGGCAGCUGGAUGGAUGUGUGGGAGCUGAUGUCACAGGAGUGCAGGGACGAGGUGGUCCUCAUUGACAGUGCUUGUCUCCUCGAGACUUUGGAGACGUACUUAUGUAAACACAGGUUUUGCUCGGACUGCAAGAAUAAAGUGUUAAGGGCGUAUAACAUCUUGGUUGGCGAGGUGGAUUCCAGUAAAGAGAAGGGGUACUGCGCUGCCUUGUAUGAGGGACUGUGCUGCUGCCCCCAUGAACGGCACAUUCACGUAUGCUGUGAGACGGACUUCAUCGCUCACCUGCUUGGCCGGGCAGAGCCAGAGUUUGCAGGAGGCUAUGAACGCAGGGAGAGGCAUGCCAAAACAAUCGAUGUUGCACAAGAGGAGGUCCUGACCUGUCUGGGUAUUCACCUCUAUGAGCGCCUGCACAAAAUCUGGCAGAAGCUUCGAGCAGAGGAACAGACUUGGCAGAUUUUGUUCCAUUUGGGAAUCGAUACACUACGGAAAAGUUUUGAGAUGGCGGUGGAAAAGAUGCAGGGGAUCAGUCGACUUGAGCAGUUUGUGGAGGAGCUGUCAGAGGAGGAGAGAGCCAAAGAGCUGAAGCUGGAGAAGAAGAGACAGAAGCGGAAAAAUCGACGCAAAAAUAAGUGUGGCUUUGAGCAGGACGCAGAUGAGAAGGACAAAAUCCUGGAUGAGGGCUCAUUUGAGUCCGUUGAAAGCAGCUGCAAGGCCUGUGGCCAUCGUGAGGAAGAGGAGGAAGACGCUGGCUCAGAAGAAACUGCUGCCACCAACAGGAACACCUCAUGCAAUUGUCCAGAUAACACCAAACAAGACUUGUCCCCUACCAGCAACGGAAGCGACUGUGGUUAUUCUUCAAGUAUGGACGGCAGUGAAAGCGGGUCACGAGAAGGCUCUGACGUCGCCUGCUCCGAGGGAAUCUGCAACCAUGACGAGACAGGUGACGACCCAAAUCUCCAUCACUGCACUGAAGACAAGGAAGAGGAUGGAACAGACAGCUGUGUGGACUGCUGGUCACAGCCUGAGGAACACAGUCAAUGCAAGAGUAAAAAGAAGAGAAGGAAGGGCAAAGGGUUCUGCAAUGAAGGAGAAAAAGGCGAAGGUUAUGUCUUGGGUGGGACAUCAACGGACCAAACUCUGACACCAAUGCACACUUGCCAAACCAAAGAAUUCAUUUCCUCCGUAUGUGGAGGAGCCAACGUUGCACUACAGUCACCGUGGACAUCUCAUCAAAAGGACGUCAGCCUUCAGGCCAGGCUCGCAGAGGCAAAUACCAGUCUUGAGGAACUUCUGGAUGAUUCAGAAGUGACCUCUGAUGAAGACAGUUGUUUAACGCAAGAUGAAAUCCAGGCGUUUCUGGAAAGAAACCAGUCCUUCUACAACAAUCGCCUCCAGUACCGACAGCUCCUCAAAGAGAAGUUUACCAACUACUGCCGUGCCACUGAAAGGAGCAAAACUGUCUGUGGAAAAUGGUUCACCGCCACCAGUGUCAACUGACUGCACCGACAGCAGCAUCUUUCUCUGGGAAAACAAUUGAUUGCAUUGAUUGCCACUUCUUUCUUAGAAUGGAAACAUUUUGGGAGUACUUUCCAUGUCUUGUUGGGUUGUUUCUCCUUUAAGGUAAAUGUGAUUCUCACUUUUUCUCUGUAGUCUGUCUCGUUGCACUUGUACACAAACACUGUUUUCUUUUCCUUUCCACUUUCAUACCUGUAAUUGUUAUCUUUGACCAAGACGGGAUUGGUGGUGUUGGUCUUCUGUAGGGUUUUGGCGGUAACGACACAGAGGAAUUAAAAAUCAAUUUCUGCAAGUUGUUAUUAUGGAUGAAUUUUAGGAGUCUUAUUUUUGUUUUUUGUCAUGAUUCUAUUUUUGGUUUCUUUUCGGUGACACUUCAGUAUUGUGAAAAAAGAUUGUACCAUGAAAUGUGUACAGUAAUUCUAAAUAUAAAGAUUUUACAGAGAAUAAACAUCCAUUUGUAUUGACGUUUUUGGGUGUGAUGUUAAAAGAGCAAUGUGAAAAAUUUACUAAAUAAAGAAUAUUUAUUAAUAGCUA